CGGCGGGGGGGCGAGCGCUGUUCAGUAGCGGCGGCGACGGUGCCGCGUCCACAGCGCUAUGGCGUCCGUCGCCGCAUGGCUCCCGUUUGCCCGCGCCGCGGCCAUCGGCUGGGUGCCCAUCGCGACCCACCCGCUCCCGCCACCGCCCGUCCCCAAAGAUCGCCGCCGCGCCGAAGACGAGAAACUCCUCAUCAAUGUCUCCGGACGCCGCUUCGAGACAUGGCGGAAUACGCUCGAGAAAUAUCCCGACUCCCUACUCGGCUCCUCAGAAAGAGAGUUCUUCUACGACGAGGACAGCAGAGAAUAUUUCUUCGACAGAGAUCCUGAUAUAUUCAGGCAUAUACUCAAUUAUUACAGAACAGGGAAGUUGCAUUACCCAAAACAUGAGUGUUUGACAGGUUACGAUGAGGAGUUGGCCUUCUUCGGCAUCCUCCCAGAUGUGAUUGGAGAUUGUUGUUAUGAGGACUAUAGGGAUAGAAAGAGGGAGAAUGCCGAGAGGCUCAUGGAUGAUAAACUCAGUGAGGCGGGAGACCAGAGUCUCCCGCAGCUCACAGACUUGAGGCAGAAGAUGUGGCGGGCAUUCGAGAACCCACACACUUCGACGGCCGCUUUAGUAUUUUAUUAUGUGACUGGAUUUUUCAUUGCCGUCUCCGUGAUGGCGAACGUUGUGGAGACAGUUCCGUGCGGGCACAGGCCUGGCCGCGCGGGUACGCUGCCCUGUGGUGAGCGGUACAAAAUAGUAUUCUUCUGUUUGGACACGGCGUGCGUGAUGAUAUUCACUGCCGAAUACCUGCUGCGACUAUUCGCGGCGCCGGACCGCUGUAAGUUCGUCCGGUCCGUAAUGUCCAUCAUCGACGUAGUCGCGAUAUUGCCUUACUACAUCGGGCUCGGGAUCACGGACAACGAUGAUGUGUCCGGGGCAUUCGUUACGUUGCGAGUGUUCAGAGUGUUCCGUAUCUUCAAAUUCUCCAGGCACUCGCAGGGGCUCAGGAUUCUCGGGUACACGCUGAAGUCAUGCGCGAGCGAGCUCGGUUUCCUAGUUUUCUCGCUGGCGAUGGCCAUCAUCAUAUUCGCCACCGUUAUGUUUUACGCGGAGAAAAACGAGCAAGAUACCAACUUCACAUCCAUUCCUGCUGCCUUCUGGUACACCAUCGUGACAAUGACCACUUUGGGUUACGGUGACAUGGUGCCUGGGACCAUAGCUGGCAAGAUUGUGGGAGGUGUCUGCUCACUGUCCGGAGUGCUUGUCAUCGCUUUACCUGUGCCCGUCAUUGUGUCCAACUUCUCCAGGAUCUACCAUCAGAACCAGAGGGCUGAUAAGCGGAAGGCGCAGAGGAAAGCCCGCCUUGCUCGUAUACGUAUCGCGAAGGCGUCGUCCGGCGCUGCGUUCGUUUCCAAGAAGAAGGCGGCAGAAGCGAGGUUGGCUGCGCAGGAGUCGGGCGUGGAGCUAGACGAUGCUGGACGGGAUGAGGACAUUUUCGAGUUGCAGCACCACCACCUGCUGAGAUGCUUGGAGCGUACAACUGAUCGGGAAUUCGUCGAAAUGGAGAACCCUUAUAACGGCGCAGCGAAGCGGCCCGGCUCCCCGUCACCACUGGCGUCGCCCGCGCACUCUGGCCGUGCGCCCGCGCUGCUCGCGUGCUGCGCCCGGUGCGGUUGCUGCCCGCAGAAGUACCAGGUCCUGCUUUUAGAUUCGAGUAGAAAGGGAAGAAUGAAGGGGGCUCGCCGGUACACCGCGACCUCUCGACCAUCUGACACAUCCGUCUCCGCCGCGCCCAGCGAAGACCCGUUACCACAAGCGUGUGGUAAAUACAUUCCGGCGGGGAGUACAGUGCAAGGAAACCAGACCGGUGUCGCCAUGGAUGGGACUUACUUAGUGGAAGCGUCUUUCUAGGGUCCAUCCACUAGCGCACACGUGGAAAGCUACGUGUAACAUGUAACCGCGUGCAACAUGUAACCGCGUGCAACAUGUAACAGCGUGCAACAUGUAACAGGGCGUAACAUGUAACAGGGCGUAACAUGUCGCAACACGCAACAGGACGCGACAGUGUAACUAGCAUUGGACUAGUGAACGGCGCCGGCCGUUAUGAUUUCUCAACAACAAUUAUUAGGUUACAAAUCAGAAUCUGUAUAAUUAAUGUCUUGUAAGUCUAACAUGAUACUGCCUAAUAUUAAAAUAUCAGAUUUGUAUUGUUUAUGGGAAUGUUAAUCACAGUAUUAACUGUAACGGGAUUUGUUCAGUGUUACUAUAUCAUCAUUUAUAGUUCCUAAUGUCUCUGGAACAUUAUUUGUUAAUUAAUUACAUAUAAAAUUGAUGGGAUUUCUAAUAAUAAAUGUUGAUACGUUUCAGACGAACAAUCCUCUUAUUUAUUAUCAGAGGAUUGUUCGUCUGAAAUGUAAAAAUUCAGACAGUUCAUGACGAACUCUGAUAGGAUAUCGAUGGAUUAAAUAUUUAGGUAGUUAAGCUUCAAGACAAGAAUUGUGUUAAUUGAAACAGUUCUAUAGUACAGGAUGGGUUACCGUUACUGUCUGUGUUUAGGAUACGACGGUGCAUCCUCUGCAGAUUCCUCUCCUAGUGUUAUAAAGUGAAACAGUAUUAAUUAAGGUUUUAAUAUUAAAAAAAAAAUGGAUCGAAUCUCGCUUCUCUGACAACGAGGUCCAGCUCUCAGGAGUACUAGAGGCGUUAUAGAAAAGACAGAUAGUUUCAAACUUCAUUAUAGUCAAUAGUAUUUCGAGUCAUAUCAAUAUUAGAACAGAUAAUGAAAUAAAA